UUUGGACGCCACUUCUGCUCUAUACUUCCACGCCAACACGCCGCCUUUGUGUAUUAUCAGCUCUUCUCGUCCCCAUUUCUGCGUCUAUAUAUCACUGUUAGGCAAAAUGGGUUCUUCGUCUUCGAAAGUCGCCAAAGGCGCAGCGCGAAAGUAUCCUGCCCGAGCUCCUGGAGCUGCUGUCCCGCAAGCAGUAGCACGUCAACCAAGGGCAGAUCCACCAAAAUCAAAGUCAAAAACCUUGGGAAACAGCGCCAAAGACGACGCUGUUCGCGCUGACGCUCUGGACCCCGACCUCCCAACCGGCGACUUCUCGCGCCGUCUACACCAGAUGGGAAUCGCUGACUCGAACCCUACAUAUUCACCUUCGUCUACAGCCGCGACCCCUCUCGGACCUUCAGCCCCUCCAGGACCUAGUUUUGUGCCGAGUCGAAGCAAUCCAACCCUCGUAGCGCUCACAGCUCGAGAUCGACUACAAGACGAAGCGGAAGAAGAUUUUGCAAAUAUGGGACGCGGGGGCCGACGAUUCCUCGAUAUGAGGACGUUAGUGGAUGCUAUCAAGUUUCGCGAUCGAGGCAUACCCGAGAGGGAGAUUGAGUCAAGAUUAAGGAUACAACCGGGGCUACUGGGCAAACUUGGACAGGAGAAGACCUUUUCGCAUGUGACAAGUCCGAACUGAGGGCAAGGUACGAGGGAAUAGAUGGAAAUUCAUCACGAUAUCAUAUCCGCGAGGAAGGAUGUGGCAAGUGUAUUAUGAUUGUACAAUAUGAUAUUUCUCGUCGCUCAGGAGUGGCAAUCAACGAUACCCAGAACAUACCCCUAAGGCCCAGGUUGCUGCGACUGUUUUGCUUUGACCCAGAACCUACCUUAUAUAACAUGGCUCUACCACGCAGCAUGUCCACCAUCUAUGCGAAGGUCAGCACCCGUCAUGAAGCUACUCGCAUCACUCAAAAGGAAGACAGCAGCGCCGCGAUACUCUUCCGGAGUGCUUAGACGGCCGAGCAUGUUCUCCUUGGGCCAACUCUCGCGACGAUCAGGAUAAUCGUUGAAGAGAUUUUGAAGCAUCUGGGUCAGAAUGUAGCCAGGAGAGAGGGUGUUGACACGGAUGCCGUGUUCUCCCCAUUCCAUUGCAAGAUUACGGGCAAGCUGUACGACUGCAGCUUUGGAAGGGUUAUAAACGCUAGUAAAGUUUUAGCAGUUGAUAUCAGAAUCGGAAAUCGUGCUUACGGCGCGAGCAUGCCCUUGUUGGCGAUGGUUGCGCUCAUACUGGCAAUCAUGACAAUACUACCAGGCUGUUUAAGGCGAAUCAUCUGACGAGCAGCUGCUUGGGCAGUCAUGAGAGCCCCAGUGAAGUUGAUGCUCAUCAUUCGUUCCGUUUCUUCCAUCGAGUAGUCGAUUGCUGGUGUUUCGUGGUUGAUACCCGCAGCAGCGAUGAGUCCAUCCAGACGACCUGUGCCGUUGGCGAUAUCCUCGAAUAUGCGAUUGAGGCUUGGGACAUCUCUUACAUCGACUUGAUGGUAAUGAAGCGAGGCACCAAGUUCACGCCCUCGGUCUGAGACUUGUGAGAAGUUGGAUUUUGGAUCCUCAACUGGCGAGGGCAGUCUGUCAACGGCGUGGACUAUCACACUUAGAAUUUAGCAAUUGAGAAACUUUUAAGGCCUCUCACCAGUAGCUCCGGCUUCGAGAAGAGCUUCAAUCUGAACAAGACCUAAACCUCUUGCGCCUCCCGACACAACAAUGACUUUGUCUUUGAGGCUGAACUCUGGUAGUAAGUGAGGUUGACUCUGCACCGUGUUACGUUGAGAAAGAGUGCGGUGAAAGGCACGAAUAGCUACUUGG